GUCGCGUGCCUUAUACGUCAUCUCCCGGAGCCGUCCCGGGGAUUUUCUUGGCAUCCGCGCGGCGGUUUUGUUGGGGGCGUCAUGGACGACGAAGAGGAGACUUAUCGACUAUGGAAAAUCCGGAAAACAAUCAUGCAGUUGUGUCACGAUCGCGGCUAUUUGGUAACCCAGGAUGAAUUGGAUCAGACUCUGGAAGAGUUCAAAGCCCAGUUUGGUGAUAAGCCAAGUGAAGGGCGUCCUCGGCGUACUGAUCUCACAGUGUUGGUGGCCCACAACGAUGAUCCUACAGAUCAGAUGUUUGUCUUUUUCCCAGAGGAACCAAAAGUUGGGAUUAAGACCAUCAAGAUGUAUUGCCAGCGAAUGCAAGAGGAAAAUAUUACCCGGGCCUUGAUUGUGGUGCAACAAGGCAUGACUCCAUCUGCAAAACAGUCUCUAGUAGACAUGGCUCCCAAGUACAUCCUUGAACAAUUCCUUCAACAGGAACUGCUGAUCAACAUCACUGAGCAUGAGCUGGUUCCAGAACAUGUUGUAAUGACCAAAGAAGAGGUGACAGAAUUACUGGCCAGAUAUAAACUAAGGGAAAAUCAGCUUCCAAGAAUACAAGCUGGAGAUCCUGUAGCUCGUUAUUUUGGAAUUAAAAGAGGCCAGGUGGUGAAGAUCAUUCGGCCUAGUGAAACAGCUGGCCGUUACAUCACCUACAGGCUAGUGCAGUAGCCAGGAAUUGUCGUAUAAGCAUGGCUGAAGCUCUUUUUAACCUUAUCCAGGAGACUGCUGAUCUGCUUGCUUAACAGUCUUGAGCAUAAGGAAAUACAAGAAUGUGAAGAAAUGUGCCUACUUGAGACUUCAAACUUGAAGCUUCUAGUCCUUUCUGUCCAACCGGUCAUGAAGAGGAAAGGGGUCACCAGCAGCACAGAAAAGGCUGCCCUUGAUUUUCCAAACUGGACUUCCUCUUGCUUGUAUAAGCUGGAUGUAUUAUUUGUUUAGACCACAUUUCUGGAAUUUGGGUUUGUUUGGGGUAAAUAUUUCAGGCAGCAACAGUUUAUUUUCCAAAUCUGGAUGAAGGAUACUUUAGAAAGCUUCAAAUGGGAGGGCUUCCUUAAUUCCUUCUGUUGAUAUCAGGGUGAGGAAGGACAGGAAAACCCUUUCUGGUUUGGGGGACAGGGGGAACUCCAUCAGAUGCGGCUUUCGGUGGCCUUUUGUAGGGAGACAGUGGAGGUUCUAUGGAUUAAAAUGGGGGAAUAGACUGCUAAUCUCCUGGGAAUGCAAAAGAAGAUUCUGGGAGUCACUUAUGUAAUUAUGGACUUGUCACUUUUGUUUUUUGAAAAAUGGACUUGU